AAUUGGGAGUUUCGACGGUUAUUACACCUGUUAGACGAUCGGCUCGAGUCCGCAAGAGAUAUGAAGAAGUAGAAAACGACGGUGAACGUCAAAUCGCCAAGCUUCUCGAGGAUAACGGUUAUGCCUACGUUCCUAAUCCUGCAUUACCGCCAUCCAAAAAAGCAAAUCGAAAAACUGAUGAUGAAUAA